AUGUCUAUGCCUACGAAUAUUCCCUUGCCAUCCACACUAGAAGUAUCAGGUAACCUUGCAACAAAUUGGAAAAGAUUCAUUCGAGCCUGGCGAAACUAUGAGAUCGCUGCUAGAUUAAAAGAUCCAGCUAAGCCUGAUGAAAACAAAGUACUUAGAACAGCUACUUUUUUAACUUGUCUUGACUCAGAUGCAUUGGAUAUUUAUGAGGGAUUCAAGUUUGAAGACGACUCGGAUAAAAAUGAUAUUGAUCAAGUUAUCGCCAAAUUUGAAGAAUAUUGCAUCGGUCAGCGAAAUGAGACAUUUGAACGAUACAACUUCAACAUGAGAACCCAACAAGAGGGAGAAACGGUCGAUGCUUACGUUACCGCAUUAAAAACACUGGCUAAGACUUGUAAUUUUGGUCAGCUGCAGGACGACCUAUUGAGAGACAGGAUUGUUAUUGGAAUCCGYGAUACUGCAACAAGGAAAAAGCUGCUCAAUAUGCCGAAGCUCACACUGAAAGAGUGUAUCGAUAUAUGUCGAACACAUGAGUCUACCUCUAACCAGAUGAAAACCAAGACACAACAGGAAGUGAGUGCAGUAUCUUCGAGAUUUCCCAAACCAGCCAAGCAACAGAACGCUGCUAAACAACGGAGAUCCACACAUGACGAGAGCAGCAAAGAAAUUCAGUGUAUGUUUUGUGGCAAGAAACAUGCAAAAGAUCGAGAGCAGUGUCCGGCAUGGGGGAAAAAGUGUUCCUCAUGUCACAAGCCAAACCAUUUUGCAGCAGUCUGCAAAUCCACAAGCAAGUCAAGAAGCAUUACAAGACAAGUCAGUAUGGUAGACCAGGAUAGCUCUGACGAUGAUGUAUUAACCCUUGAGGAAAAGGAAUCAAUUGAUGUAGUAACGUAUCGGUCUCACCCAAACCAAGUCUUUGUGACACUUGUAGUAAACAACACUGAAGUACGCUUUCAAUUGGACAGCGGAGCAASAGUAAAUGUCAUGUCUGACCAUAUACUCAGCAAAAUUAUGUGGAAAUGUCAACCAACUUGA